AUGUGGCAGAUCCCAGUGGUCCCUAUGCCUAAGGAGAGGCAAGUGGCAGCAAGCAUCAGCACCAAGGAUGGAGCGGUCGGUAGCGACGAUGGCGCGAACGGUCGCGCUAAGGAGAAUGAGCUCAAGAAGAGCAAACCUGGAGGGACCAGCAAGUUCAGUGAACCUAAGGAGAGUGGUGCAGCAACCAAGGAGCAGCAAAAGGGUGAGGAGAACCCAGAGGCAGCAGCGGAGGAGGACUACGGAGAGAGUAUGUGGGGCGCUAUUGCGAGCGCGGCAUUCUCCAAUCCAACUUCGGCUACGGGGGAGUGUGAUUGGCUCACCUUGCAUCGGCGCAUGGGGCAUGUGGCCCUGCCCAUCUUGCAGCAGCUAGUGAAGAAUGAGAUGGUUGCUGGCAUACGUGUGAAGGGGGAGCCCGAUGAGGUGCUUGGCUGCCCGACGUGCAUUCAAGCCAAGUUCACCCGGUUUCCGUUCCCUAGUUCGGAGGCAACGGCAAAGGCACCGCUUGAUGAGGUGGUGAUGGACGUGGUGGGCCCCCUGAAGCUUGGAGCUGCUGGAGCUGAGUAUUUUCUCACCAUUGUCGACGUCUACACCCGCAUGACUUGGGUGUACGUGCUGGCCAAGAAGAGCGACGUGGCUGAAACGUUGAAGACGGAUUGGUUCCCGAUGGUGGAGCGGCAACAAGACCGUCUAGUCAAGUCAAUCCGCACCGAUCGAGGGGGAGAGUUCCUGAGCAAGGAGUUUGGGUUGUGGCUGAAGAAGAAUGGUAUUCGGCACUCCCUCACCAUGCCAUACUCCCCUGCAAUGAACGGCAUCGCCGAGCGAGCGAACCGCACAAUCACGGAGGCGGCACGCGGGUUGCUCAUUGAAGCCGGGCUACCCGACUAUUUAUGGCCUGAUGCGGUGCGGAGCGCGUGUGUGGCCAAGAACAGAGCCUUGACUCAUGUGGGAGCAGACAAAUGGGUGCCCUAUGUGGAGUGGCUAGGAAGGAAGCCAAAGGUGGAUAUGCUUCGAGUGUUCGGGUGCAUGUGCAUGGCGCUCGUGCCUAAGCAUCUUCGGCACAACAAGCUUGGUGCCAAGGCGGUGUGGGCCGUGCACUUGGGCAUGGCUCAAAACAGCAAGGGAUGGCUUCUUUGGGACCCAUUCACCAAGAAGUUCUUGGUGAGCAGGGACUGCAAGUUCAUGGAGAACUUCAUGUACAAGGAUUGGAAGGCGGAGAAUGAGGCGAAGAUAGGCGUGCGGUUUGGGGAGGUGAAGAGUUCCGGUUUGGAGCAUGUGGAGCUGCCUUUGGAGCUGAGCAGCGGCAGCACAACCACAAGGCAAUCCUCCCUUGUGAAUGGGGGAGAGGAGGCCAAUGAUGCAGAGGAAGAAGAGGAGGAGGUGCAGCAAGUGAGCGAGCGUGCACCGUCACUCCCUUCCCGUACUACGAGUGCUCCACGGAUUCGAGCCACACCGCAGCAACGCCAAGGCCUUCAAGUCCCUGCAGCUGAGGAGGAAGGAAGGGGGAAGAGGAGAGUUCAACCCCCUAAUAGGCUGACCUAUGAUGCGCCGGGAAAGCAGGGCAAGACAGCCCUGGCCGGAGCGGCAAUGAUGGUCGGAGACGACGAGGAGAGUGACUACGAGGAGUGUGCCUUCGCGUUCUUCUCUCCGGUGGAGAUGCCGGGAGAACCAGCAACUCUCAAGGAGGCUUUGGAGAGUAGUGAUGCUGAGGAGUGGAAGAAGGCCAUGGAGAGUGAGCUGAAGAGCAUCGAGGAGAAUGACACGUUUGAAUUGGUGGAGCUACCGGAGGGGCGUACGGCGAUAACGUCCAAGUGGCUCUUCAAAAUCAAGUCGGAUGCCGACGGCAAGAUCGAGCGCUACAAGUCUAGGCUUGUAGCCAAGGGGUACCAGCAGAAGGAGAAGGUGGACUUCAAGGAGCUGUUUGCCCCUGUGGUGAAGCCGACGACGCUGCGAACCCUAUUCGCGGGAGCCGCCAUCAAAGGAUGGGUAGUAAAGCAAAUGGACAUCGUAACGGCAUUCCUUAACGGCAUCCUUGAGGAGGAGAUUUUUAUGGCGCAGCCAGAGGGGUUUGAUGAUGGUAGUGGCAGAGUGUGGAAGCUGAAGAAGGCCCUCUAUGGGCUGAAGCAGGCCCCUAGGCAAUGGUACAUGAAGCUGCGCGAAGUGUUGGAGGGGAUCGGCUUCACUCCCUCAACGGCCGAUCACUCCUUGUUCAUGCUUGGCGAGGGGGAGCAGAGGAGUUUCAUGGUGGUUUAUGUGGAUGACAUCCUCAUUUUCUCACCCUCUUCUGACCUUGUGAAGGAGGUGAUGCUGAAGCUUCAAGACAAGUUCAAGUGCAAGGCCCUUGGUGACGUGAGCUUCUACCUUGGGCUCCACAUCGAACGAGAUGUGGAGAAGCGGUGCAUGCGGGUGCAUCAACGAAAGCACCUGGAGGCAUUGGCUGCCAACUUUGGGCAGAGUGAAGGCCAUGUGGCUACACCCUUUCCCUCUGGGUUCAAGUGUGUGAAGGGACCAGAGGAGGAGAGCGUUGGUGAAGAGGAGAGGCGCCGAUUUCACUCGUUGGUGGGCAGCCUCAUGUAUGCGGCGGUAAACACCCGACCGGACGUCGCGUUUGCUACCGGGCAGCUGGCUAGGGUUGUGCAAUGCCCUAAUGAGGAGCAGGUAGCAGCUGGAAUGAGGGUGGCCACGUAUCUUGGCCAAACACCGACCGUUGGGCUGCAAUACUUGGCGGCGGCACAAAGGCGCCAAAAGGGCGCGGAUGGUGUUGAACCCGGGCGUUUGUUCCUCACCGCCUACUCGGAUGCUUCAUAUGCAUCAGAACCAGAGGACAUGACAAGUGUGGGAGGCUUCAUAUGCUGUGUUGGUGGAGGCCCAACUGCUUGGGAGAGCAAGAAGCAGGUUGACCAAGCUUUGAGCUCGGUGGAGUCCGAGUACAUGGCACUCUUCCGUGCCGGUGCCAUUGCUCUUGCUAAGAACCCUGUGUUGCAUGGACUCACGAAGCACAUGAGGGUGAAGUGGCAUUGGACGAGGAGCAUGGUAACCGCGGUUGAAGUUGAGUUGCGCUACGUGAAGACCACGGGGCAGCCGGCUGACAUGAUGACCAAGAGGCUGGUGGAGCAGCAGCAUUGGAAGUGUUGCAAGCUGGCUGGGAUGGCUCUGAACUGA